AUGUACCCACAAAUCACGACCAACUUCCCUGAUCCUUCGAUAUUGUAUGCGGACGGCGUCUGGUAUGCCUAUGGGACCAACAUCGGAGCUGGCGUGAUCAACGAGGGACCAUCGGGAACGCCUUCCAAGGACCACGUACGGCCAGCCGUCGCGAAUAUCCAAGGGGCUACAUCUGUCGACUUUCAUACGUGGACUCUCGUCCCCGUCUCUGAGCAACCUCUGGCGCAUAACGGCAGGUGGGCAGCACGGCCUAGCUUCGAGUUCAAGACCUGGGCCCCGAGCGUCAUGCGCCGGGACGAUGACAGGUAUGUCAUGUACUAUUCCUCGACCGUGAACUCCUCGACACCCGACCCUCACCCCGGCCACCCGAUUCCACACUGCAUCGGCGCCGCGCUCUCCCACAUGUCUCGACCGAUGGGGAACUAUAUCCCGGCAGACGAGGUACUCGUGUGUCCGAUGUCCGAAGGCGGUGCCAUCGAUGCGCAGCCCUUCCGUGAUCACGACGGCACGUUUUACCUGCUUUACAAAAUCGACGGGAACAACAUCGGAUCAGGAGGCGAAUGCGGGAACAGCGUCCCGGCGUUGCAAAACACGCCUAUAAUGCUUCAGAGAUUGAAAUCCGAUGCAAUGACGCUCGACGGACCUCCUGUUCAGGUCCUGGAUCGCGAGGCAGAAGACGGCCCUCUUGUCGAAGCGCCGAUAAACCCCAUAUCCAAAACCGACCUCGCGCCCGAGCCCGGGCAAACCGACAGCGCAGGACCCUACAUCCUCUUCUACUCCUCCGGCUGCACCCAGACGUCGAGCUACACGAUCCGCUACGCCGUCGCCCCGAACCUCACCGGGCCCUACAUCCGAGCGCCGCAACCUCUCCUGCAGACCGGCAUCUCGCAAGGCCACCAUUUCGAAUCUCCCGGCUCCGUCGGCGUCGCCCGCGACGAGCGUACCGGGCAGUGGAGGAUGGCCUUCCACGCGCGAUCGCAGCCGCGGAAUCGCGAAUGGGGCCGCGUGCGGGCGAUGUACACUGCGGAGGUCGAGUUCGUGCGCAGGGGAGAUGCGGCCGGUGGGGUCGAGGUGAAGAUCUUGGAGAUUGGAGGACGAGGAGGGAAUUAUUAG